CAAAGUUUAAGUUUGGUAGUUUAAAGAUUCUGAUAGAGUCACUUUCAGAUAUUGCUUGCUUUUCCUUCGUGAUACGCCUAAAGCUUAGCUCUCGGAUAUGGUUUCUUUCAUCAGUUACCAUAGCCAAAAGUAAAUUUUCGGGAUGGGCAAAGUAAGCAUUCCGUUGUAAAACGGGAUCAAAAAGAAGCUCUUCUGAAAAAAGUAAAAAAGGAGGAAGCAUUUUCAAGGCUAAAUCUUGCGAAAAUUAAUCAAAACUGGCAUCAGAUAUUAAGACGAACAAAAUGCCAAGAAAUGAAAGACAAUGUUGAGCAUUUAAGGAAAUGGAUAGAAAGAGUGGUACGUUAUAAAAACCAGACAAUCUCAAGACUUGUCAAAGAGCUGGACGAAGCAGAAGAUGACUAUCUAAGCAACUAUACGUCGCAUUCAAACCACAUCAACACCAUCUUAGACAAACAGAACAAUUAUAUAGAUAAACUGAACAAUCAAUAUCAGGACGACUUAAAUGAGCUGCUGAGAUGCGCCGAAAAAGAACAAAGUAAUAUUUUAGAGAAUGCAGAUGAAGAACGAAGGUAUUUACAAACGAUUCUGUAUAGGCAAGAAUUGAAUGAGAAGUCUAUGAAAAAGGAGGCGGAUCUCUAUAUGCAAAAGUAUUAUGAAGAUCAGCAUGAGCUGCAGUCGAAAAUAGAUCAGAUGCGACAAGAUCGAGAGGAGGUCUGCAGUUUCAUUUGGAAUGAUAUCGAAGCCAUGGUUCAAGAAUAUAUCGAAAGAACAGAUCCAAGACGGAUGCAUCUUGCUGAACUGAAGAUUCUGGAUUCCGAAACAGCAAUCGAAGUUGUUCAAAAUAAGGAACGAAUUCAACAAGAAGAGGUAUUAAAGGACCAAUUAAAUAAAGAACUCGAAGAGGUUCAAGUUGCACAGGAACAACAAUUAACAACACUCAACGAAGAAUUAGACGUUUUACAGAAACAAUUUAACAACGUUCGUACCAAUCUUCAUCGUGAUUUACAACUCGAUGAUAAAAAAUUAAAAUUACUUGUGGACGAAGCUUCGAGCACCAAAGACUAUUUGGAAAAUCUACUUCGAAAAGGAAAUGAGAUAUUGUUCCUUGUGAAAACGUGCAAGAAAUUAGAAACUGACCGUGAAAAGCUGUCAAAAUGGUUUUCAGGUACUUCCAAGAAUGUGAAGAACUUGGAUAGUAUGCCUUUUGGGGAUUAUUUGGAAGGUUUAGACGAAAAUUCAGAAGGUAGCUCUGAUUCUGCUAAUAAUCAAUUAGAAUUAGAUUUGAACAAAAAAGAAUCCAAAGAAUCAGAAAAAGUAUCACCAGAAUCACUUAUAACCACUCUUCAACAUAUAACGGUCCAGGAUAAACCCAACGAACUGGACACACAUCCACAAACGUCACUACCAGAACCAGAACCCUUAUUUUCCGGAUUUAUAGAUCAAUGUCUAAAACAAUUGGAGCCGAUGGAAAACUUCUGGUCUGGUUAUAAUAGAGCCGAAGUAGACUGUGCUGAGAUAAUGCAAGAAAAGAAACAGCUCGAAUUAGAAAAUAAGCAAAUUCGUGGAAUGAUAAGAGCCAUUUUAGAAGCUCAAGUCUUAUCCACUUCAAUUCCAAACAGUAAAGUUCCCACCCGUUUUCCUUCUAGAAGAAUCAGUGUUAGUUCGGCACCGCUUCGAAGAUUGAUUUUUUAGAUCGUGUUAAGUUCUGAACAUGAGUUUUUCUCAAAUUAUUCCAACUGUUUAUUGCCUUAUCUUCUUUUUCUGUUUUUUGACUGGCUUUACAACUCGGAGCGAGACUUCGCCGCAUUCACUAUAGUCCUCCAUCUUCUACAAUCUUGCGCUUUCAUUUAUCAUUGUGUUAUUUCAAUCCUAGAUAAAUCGGCUGCAACAUCAUUCUUCCAUCUUUUUCUUGGAUCAUCUACCGCUUGGACUCUCAAAAAAUACUGUCUUUAGCAUUAUGCCUUCAUCUGAUCUUACCACAUGACCUGUCCAUCUUAUCUGGUUAGCUUCUAUAUGUCUGACGAUAUUUUCAGUUCCAUACAUCAGCCUUGCGGGACCUUCUCCAUUCUCCUGUCAAUUCAUCUCUUUGAGGGUCAAAUAUCAUUCUGAGAACCCAAAUACCAGCAGCUUAUUUAUUUCCCGCUGAUGUAGAGUCCACUUACUUUUCACUUCUAUAUGGAACAACUGGGAGAAUAAUUGACAUGCACAGUAUUAAUUUAGAUUUUCAUUUUAGCAGCUUAGAUCUUAAUAAUGAUGAUAUGGAAAUCAUGCUGUAUUCCCCGCAGCUAUCCUUGCUGAGACCUCUUUUUCUAUGUGGUUGUCUUUUACUACUUCGAAGUUGUGGUCAUUAAUAGUUAUGUAUGUUCUGCCUAACUCUUAGUCUUGGAUUUUUGGUUACGAGCAUGUAUUUCGUCUUCUCUUUAUUUAUUCGAAGGCCCAGACUACCUAUUUCUUCUGGAAUUCUGAAAAUACCUCUUUAUAUUGUUCUACACGAUUUUAAUUUUUUAAUAGCUCUCUAGUUCUGAUAUAUUGUUCACGAAUAAUAUUAAACUAUAAGAAUUUAUGGUACAUACCUCUUUAGUUCUGGUCAUAAUCAGGGACGUAUCUUGCCAUUCCUGCGUCCUUGGCGAAAUUCAAUGCCCCCGCCCCCCCACCCUUCCCACAUAAAACGAGACUCCAAUUAAUUGCAACCACAAUUCACAGGACUGUAAUGUAAUAAUUUUUCAAUAGUUGUAGGCAAAUUACUACAACUACUACUUUAAAAUAUAUUAGGCCUGGUAGCCCGAUCAAAGAACAAUCUGACCCCCAAAAAAAUAAAGAAAGGAUGAAAAUUUGGCAAUAGGUAGUUGAAAUUGUCUAUUAUUAUAUAUAAGAAAAAGUUUACAAUUCUACAUCCCCUCCAUUUUACAAAAAUUGAGGGGAAUACCCCCUCUCGAAGGUGAAAAAUAUACAUUCAAAAUAAAACCGGAAUUGAAUAAAAUGACUAAUUCAAAACAACUUUUGUUCUAUAGAGUUUUCUCGCCAAACUAUAUUCAUAGCAAAAACAUAGAUUAUAAAAAAUUGAAAAACCGGUGUAUGCAUGAGGUCGGUAGACAAAGUAGAAGCAGAGUUGCAGCUAAUGAAAAGUAGGUUCUUCUUCGUCAAAUUUCAAAUCGAAUAUUUCAAUGUGAAAUAACUCAAAAAACGGAGCACUCUUCGGGGAUAAUUCAUGUGAACUUUUUUAAAGUGGUUAAAAAAAGGUUUACUUUUGUUUUCUAAAAAAACUUCUAACAUUAAAAGUAAGUGAGUUACGCUCAAAAUAUUGUUGGUCCCUUUUAUUUUUUGGUAAAAAAAAAUCGCGAAAAUCGCCCCCUAAUUAGCAUCAGAAAUAAAUUUUAUCAUUACCACUUGACAAGUUACUUUGCUUAUGUAUUAUUUAUAUGAUCUGUAAGUUUCAUCGGUUCAAAGUGCUUAUUUUUGAAAAAGCUGUUGUUAAAAUGGCUUAAACGAGUAACUAAUCACGAGUUUAGGCAAAUUUUGAACAGCCAUAGCAUAUCCAAUUUUUGUCUAGCAAGAAAACAAAAAAUCAAAAAUAUUCAGAAAAGCAAGACGAACAUUUUAUUACUCUUUAAGAUUUUUGGUAUUACUAAUAAUUUUUAAGUUAAUUCCAUAAAAAAUUCAAUUUUUUUCAACAUUAAAAAAAUGUUUUAUUUUAAACCCAUUUUUUUUCAAAAAUGAGUAUGUACUUUGAAACAAUGAAACUUAUAGGUAGAAAUAUAAAAAAUACAUAAGUAACGUAACUUGUGAAGCGGUAACGAUUAAUUUUAUUUGAGAAGCUAAUUAAGGGGUGAUUUUCGCGAUUUUUUUAGCAAAAAAUAAAAAAGACCAGCAAUAUUUUAAGCGUAACUCACUUACUUAUAAUGUUAGAAGUUUUUUUUAGAAAACACAAAUAAACAUUUUUUUAACCACUUUAAAAAAGUUGUAAUGAAUUUUCCCCGAAAAGAGCUCCGUUUUUGCGUUAUUUCAAAUUGAAAUAUUUGAUUUGGAAUUUGACGAAGAAGAACCUAUUUUUCAUUAGCUACAACUCUGCUCCUGCUGGGUCUACAGACCUCAUGCAUACACCAUUUUUUUCAGUUUUUUUCAAGCUAUAUUUUUGCUGAAAAUUUUUUUUCGCUACAAUAGGUACUUACUUUUUAAGUUAUCUGCGAAAAAUCGUCCAAAAACAUGUUUUUUUUUGUCAAAAAUGAACAUAUUCACUCGCAAAUAACUCGAAAAGUAUUAACUUAGUGAAAAAAACUCUAUAGAAUAAAAGUUACUUGGAAUUAGUCAUUUUAUACAAUUUCAAACUUAUUUUGAACGUAUAUUUUUUCACCCCCGAGAAAAUAUUUUUCACCCCGUAUUUCCCAAUUUUUGUAAAAUGGAGGGGAUGUAGAAUUGUAAACUUUUUCUUAUAUAAUAAUAGACAAUUUCAACUACCUAUUCCCAAAUUUUCAUCCUUCCUUUAUUUUUUGGAGGUUUUCGUAAAAUUGUGUGUUCUCUGAUCGGGCUAUGGGUUCAAAAAACAAUAACAAUAAAGGAGGUAUUUUUGAAACAUUAUUUAUUUUACUUACUUAUAAAAUUAUUUUACUCACUACUACUUUACAUGUAAUAUUGUGAUUCACAAUUUGUGAAUAUGUUACAUUCAUGACAAAAUGUACUUACAUACUUAGGUAAAUAAACUAUCAUAACUAUGCACUUAUGUUACAUUACUUUAAGCGAAAACAUAUUGAUACAUAUAUAAUAAUAAAUAAUAGCCUACAACAGUU